AUGGACUUAUUCAAAAAAAAAGUAAAAGAAUGGGUGUACUCCCUCAGUACUAACGACCAUUAUGCAGAGUAUAACCCCGAUGAAACGCCUACCUUUAACAUGGGUAAACGUUUGAAUAGUAACAAUGGACAGGUAAACCCCUCUCAAAUGCAUUUGAAUAGUGGAGAUGAAGAAAUGAGCAUGGGAUUCCAUAACGGUGUACCAUCUAAUGACGAUAUAAACAUUGAUGAAUUCAACUCCAUGGAUUCGAAUGAUGGUGUUUCUGAAACCCUCUUGGCUUGGAGACACAUCGAUUUUUGGACCAGUGAACAUAAUCCAGAUUUAAACGCAACUUUAAGCGACCCUUGCACCCAAAACGAUAUAACUCACGCAGAGGAGGAUUUGGAAAUUAGCUUCCCCAACCCGUUAAAGGCUUCCUUCAAAAUCCAUGACGGACAAGAGGAUUUAGAUUCGAUGACGGGUACUUCGGGUCUCUUCUAUGGCUUCCAACUAAUGACUUUGGACCAGGUUGUGGCUAUGACUCAAACCUGGAGAAACGUCGCAAAGAACCUGAACAAAAGAUCCCAAAAGAGCUUAUCGCAUGUUGCAUCCACCGGCUCCUCUUCAUCCAUGGAAAGACCAAAUGCUAACAAGUUCAAGUUACCAAAUAUCCCGGAACAAAAAUCUAUCCCUCCAAAUGCUAUACAACCAGUAUACGCACAUCCCGCUUGGAUUCCAGUAAUAACGGAUAAUGCUGGUAACCAUAUCGGUGUAGACUUGGCACCCGGUCCUAACGGUAAAAAUGCACAAAUCAUAAUAUUUGGCAGAGACUUUGAUACGAAAUUUGUUAUUGCUGACAAUUGGGGCGAGUACCUAUUAUCGUUUGCCAACGAUUUGGAGGCUGGGAAUUGGUAUUUGGUAGAUGACAACGAUGACUAUUUGAGUGGUGACGGUGAACUAGUCUUCAGAGAUAAAAAGUCCAAGGGGCCUAUACAAGAUUAUUUUGAAGUUUUGAAAAGAAGAGCGUGGGUUAAAUAUCAAGAAAAUUUGAAAUUACAACAAAAGCCUCAGCCUGAGCCACCUCUACAACAACAGAAAUACGUCCCUGUUGUGCAACAGGAUGCGGUAGCAACAGCAACAAAUGAACAGCCUGCCACUCUUAUUGAAGAAUCCGUAAAAGGUGGCGAUACUGAUAGUGCAGAUGCAAAAUCCGUUCAGGACCACGAGUCUGUGAAGGUUGUUAAAAACGAAUCUGAGAACGCUGAAGUGGAAGCCAAACCUACAAAAAUAGAAAGUCCUGAUCGAGUUGAGGAAGAAAGCAAAUCUGAAGAUGCAGAGGCUAAACAGGAAAAAGAGCAAGACGGUGAAAAUGAACAUUCUACUGAAUCGAAGAAUAAUGAUGAUGAUGGUGAUGAUGUGAAUAACGAAACAGUAGAAGUAACUAACGAAGAGGUGAAAGCGGUAAGGGGUGAUACUGCUAAGGUCAACGAAACGAGAGAGGAAUUUGAAAAUAUAGCCUUAUGA